AUGUUGAGUAUAGAAAUUGGUAGCUCACCGGAGGAAGAGGUCAAAUAUGUUGGCUACAAGACUCCGUAUCAGGAGUAUUGUCCGGAUUGCAAGAAAACAAUCAUCACAAAAACCGAAAAAGUGUGUGGAAUGCUGAACUUUGUCCUUUUCAUCGCCUGCCUCUUCCUUCCGUGCCUUGUUGUUUGCUUCUGGUGUCGUUGUUUCAUGGAUAUCGAACAUCAAUGUCCAGACUGCAAGAAGGCUCUCGGAAGACGUUUAGUUAUGAAGUUCACUCUGAGCUUGCUCCUGCUCACCCUGCUUCACUCGAAGCCCUCCGCCGGUCAGGCUCCGCCUCCUCCGUCAUCGUCUGCGGCCCCUCCGACCGUCUAUCAUAGUGUCUACGUUCCUGUCGGCGUCGGCGAGCCCCAAACGGAUCGUAAAGAGUUCAAGCAAUUUGGUCUGUUCCCAUCGGAGUUCACUAAAUGCGGAGGAUCUACUCUGAAAUUGAAUGAAGCAUUUCCUAAAGAAAAUACGCAUAAUGUUGAAAUUUUGGUGGAUUGCGAGCCGUCACCGACACGCGUCCUUAUUGGAAAAGAUAUGAAACUUGAUGGUUUCAAGAGAGAUCUCAAAACCGAAUGUGAACUUUUCGCGUGCACGGAUACGGAUUAUGAAGACAAAGGCGCUGAUUUAAAAGCUAUUGGAAAUUCAGUAACAGGUUCAGAUGUGCCUAAAGCGCCAGAAAAAGAAAAAGUUGACAUCAAUGUUUGUGGGGCAAAAAAGGCUGGGUAUAUGCCGAACUCUGCAACCCAAGUCAUUUUUGCAAACGAAGGCAAUUGCUACCAAGCGGUGAAAGGUUCCGAGGCAAGCAUUAAAGCACAACAAGAUAUCCAUCAAGUGCCCAGAUGGUUGAAGGCUGACAAGGAUCUAUAUAAUUUGAGGAAUUUCUAUUUUUCGGAUGAGAAAUCUGAAAACCUGAAGCGUGUUCCAUACAUAUUCACGCAUCAACCCACCCAAAACCCAACUUAUCUUGCGUGUGGAACCACGUGCGAUCGGGGUAAAGUAGUCAAACUCACGAUGCGACCUGCCGGAUAUUCUACUAUAAUCUAUGUGGAUUCGAAGAAAUGCUCAUCGUUCCGAAUCUGUUAUGCUGCUGUCGACUUCUUGGAUGAUACGAAGACUCCGACUUGUAAAGAUGACUUCACCAUUGACGUUCUCUUCAAGAAUGGAGUUGUCAUUUGGGGAAAGAAGGGUAGAUCUUCAACGAUUGAGUUCAUGAGUCAGUAUCAUCAGGAAGCACAUACAGUAGCAAUUGAAUUUGGAUAUGGAGUUAAGGUUCAUGGUAAUACCGUUGGAAACUUUUACCUUGGAAAUGAUCAUCGUGAAAUCGUUACCAGUGAUUCGGGAGGUUAUGCGGCCAGUGAAGCUUCACAGCUCUCGUUUAUUUUCCCACAUGAGAACUGUUUGAAGGAAGGAGCUGGAAUCUUCUCAAAGAACAUUGAAACCGGAAAAACGUUCACAAGUCAAGCUAAUAAAGUAGAGUCAAAAGGAACCAAAUACGAUGACAAAGGGGAAGCAAUCAGCGGUACACCAGCUGAAACUGCCACCACCACCACCAAAGAGCCCGUCCAAAAUCUUGUCUAUACCACUACCCCAGCUGCUGUUCGAAUCAUGGCCGAGCCAGGAGCAUUGAGUAUGAUUGAGGAGAAUGAGGCUGCUUCGAAGGCCCUCUUUGUCGCUGGAAAAUGGUGGACUUGGGGUAUUUAUGCUGGAUUUGUGAUUGGAACUCUGGUCACGUUGGCUAUCGGUGGUGGAUUGUUCUACUUGUUGAGAAGAACUGUUUUCGGUGUUUGGUACCGAGGAAUGUACAAACGAUAUGGAUGCGACGCUUCUGGAACCACUGGAGGUAUCACUGGAGUCGGUUUUGGAAACACUACUGCUGCUGUCGAGACGGUUGCUGGAACGACUGGAGGAACCACCGUGGGAACCAGUACUGUCGGAACAACUGGAGGAGGAGAUACCACUGGAAGCACUAGUGGAUCUAGUACUAUUGCAAUGUGA